ACUUUUCCAAUCAAACAUUUCAUUAAUAUUUUUAAUCUAAGCUUUACUAUGCUAAAUGGUAUAAUACUAUAAUUCUUACAAUACUAAAUAUAAAAUAAUUGUAAUACAUCAUUAUAAUCAUUUUCCCUUCAAUUCUAACUUAUUUUUUUAAGUAGAUUAUUUCUCAUAAAUGUCCAAUAUUAUCUAGNCAUAGUUUUGUAUAGACAUAAGAAAUUGACAUUUAUUGCAAAGAAUGGAUCACUUGAAAGGAGUCAAAAACUUAGACAAUCUGUCGCUUGUAAUCCAUGGCCCGGGAAACCUAAAACUGGAACAAACGCCUAUUAAAGAGCAUUUAGAGGAUAAUGAAUGCCUUCUCGAAACACACAGUUGUGGAUUUUGUGGAACUGACAUCCACCUAAUGGACGAUGGUCGUUUGGCAGACUUUAUUGUUAAGGAGCCUCUGGUGAUAGGACAUGAGACUUCUGCCCGAGUCAUAGCCGUUGGCAAAGACGUAACAAACUUGAAAGUUGGAGACCGAGUGGCCGUCGAAACAGCCAUUCCCUGUCAGAAGUGCGAGUACUGUCGCGACGGGAAAUACAAUUUGUGUCCCAUUUCUAACACUCAGGCGAGGGGUGUGCCGCCAAAGCAUGGAUGUCUUCGACGCUAUUACGCACAUCCGUCCGAUUUCUUAUUCAAACUGCCGGACAACAUGUCGUGGGAAGAGGGGGCGAUGUGUGAGCCCUUCUCCUGUAUAGUCCACGCCUGCAGACGACUCAACAUAAGCGCCGGUCAGAACGUAUUGGUUUGCGGGGCCGGUGCUAUGGGAAUGAUGGCCUUCCUGUGCGCUAAGGCUUUCGGUGCCAACAAAGUGUUUAUCACAGAUCUGAACAAAAGUCGUUUAGCAUUGGCCGAGAAAUUAGGUGUCGAUAAGUCCUAUGCAAUCGAUCCCAAGACUUUCAAUGACGUGGAAAUGGCGCAGACUAUCGUCAAAGACAUGGGAUGUAAUCCGGAUAUUAGUAUUGAGUGUACGGGCAAUGAUAUGAGCACUUCCAUGGCUAUAUACGCCACGAAAAAUGGUGGCAAAGUCGGAAUCGUUGGGUUAGGAGGACUCAAGAGUACGGUUCCCUUAGUUCACACAGCGAUGAGAGAAAUCGAUUUGAUUGGCGUCUGUAGGUUUAGGGAUGACUAUCCUUUGGCCAUACAAUUGAUUGCAUCCGGAAAAGUAAACUUAAAACCAUUAGUGACCCAUAAGUUCCCAAUCAAUGAAGCAAUCGAUGCGUUGAAGUUCAUGAAGAGGAAUGUGGAGGGAUCUCUUAAAGUGAUGGUUCAGUACUAGAUUGACAUUCAAACUAUUAUUAACACUAUCUUUACGAAUAACAAAAGUAAUUCAUAAUCAAUAUACUGUACUGUAUUUCACUAGUAUUGCAAUUAAUAUGGGG